AUGGUCGCAACUUCUGCCACAUCAAGCGUGCCUUCUCACGCCAGCACGAUAUCUCCCCCUCCACCUUUCCCUCAAAGCCGCGAACUCGGGCAAGCAGACCUCCAAAGCCGCGAAGAUGGAAUCGCGAUAGCACAACCUCCCCUCAGAGAACGCCGACCAUGGGCGCACUUCGUCGCCGGCGGUAUGGGAGGCAUGACAGCAGCAACGCUCACAUCACCCUUAGACGUCUUGAAAACCCGCCUACAAUCCACGUUCUAUCAAAACGAACUCUCGGCCCGAAGAAUCGCCAAAGGGAUACCUCCGCCCUCGCAAAUGUCUCCGUUACGUGCUUCAUGGCUACAUAUUUCCGAGACAGGGCAAAUCCUUGCUUCAAUCCCAAAGAUCGAGGGUUGGAGAGCGUUGUUCAAGGGACUGGGACCGAAUCUCAUAGGCGUGGUACCCGCGCGCGCGAUCAAUUUCUGGGCGUAUGGAAAUGGGAAGCGGGUGUACUCUGAGAUGUUCUUUGGGGGAAAGGAGAGUGCGGGUGUACAUUUAUUGGCCGCAGCCACUGCGGGGAUGAUCACGGGUACUGCUACGAAUCCGAUUUGGUUGGUGAAAACGAGGUUACAGCUUGAUAAACAGAAUGCUGGGCCUGGAGGGGUGGGGAGGCAGUACAAGAACGCUGUGGAUUGCAUUGUGAAGACUGUGAGACAUGAGGGCAUCAAGGGAUUGUAUCGAGGGUUGACAGCGAGUUAUCUUGGUGUGAGUGAAAGUACGCUGCAGUGGGUGCUUUAUGAGCAGGCGAAGGGUAGUUUGAAGAGGAGGGAAGAGGACUUGGCGGCGAGUGGGAGGACACCAAAUGUGUGGGAUAAGACUGUGGCGUGGACGGGGAAGUUGACUGCUGCUGGUGGGGCCAAGUUUGUUGCUGCACUCAUCACGUAUCCGCAUGAGGUUGUGAGGACAAGAUUACGACAGGCGCCGGUCGAUGCUAGCGGGAGGGUGAAGUAUACUGGACUCUGGUCUUGUUUUGUCACUGUCUUCCGGGAAGAAGGCAUGGCGAGCUUGUAUGGAGGCCUGGUGCCGCAUAUGCUGAGAGUCGUACCGAGUGCGGCGAUCAUGUUUGGUGUAUAUGAGAGUGUGCUCUGGUCACUGGGCGAGAGUGCGAGCGUGUAA